UAAAAUGAUCAACUUUUGGUGAAAUAAAAUUGAGAAUUGCAAAACAAAAAUUGUAAAGAAAAAUAAAAUAAAAUUUUUUGUGAUUUCGUGUGUCAGUGUGUGACCUAAAAAAGAUAUCAAAUAAAAUUUUUUUUUGUGGAUUACUUCUGCACUUUUGGAUUACACAUCGUGAAAAAAAAAUAAAUAAAAUAAUUAAAAAUGGCUAUGACAGCUUGUUAUCCAAACUACGACAUGUCAUUAUCUAGUUCACAAUCGAUGUCACAUCAUCACCAUCACCAUCUUCAGCAUGGUGCGUCAAUGCAACAAUCAAAUCGUGCCGCAAGCAUUUUGGCAGCGACACAUCAGCAACAAUCUCAACAGUCACCUCAAACAACACAGCAGCAGCAGCAACAACAGCCACCUCAGAAAGACUAUAGUAUACCAUUGCAUGUGGACUGCAGUGUAGAAUAUGAGUUGCCAAAUCAGGCAAAGCCACCGGUCGGCGGUCGUGUUGAGCCAUUAUUAAUGAUUCAUCCAUGCUAUUUUCGCAAAAUGGAGAGUCAAAGACGUAGUCCAUUCAUUAAUAAUAUGCCAAAUUCAUCAUCAUUACGCAGUUCUCAAUCAAAUCAAAUGACAUCCGUGUCAUCGUCAUCGACUGUAUCAACGUCAUCUAGUCGACGUCCAAAUGUUAUUGGAGCGUCAAAUAGUAUUGCUGCCAAAAAUAAUCAAACAAAUGCGCAUUUAAUGUCUAAUCAAAAUGUGAUUCCUACACAUCAGCUGCAACCACAACAACAGCAGCAACAGCAGGGUCACAUACAACAGCAACAACAAAUUAGUCAUCAACAUAGUAGCUUGCAACAUCAGAAUUUACAGCAGCAACUUGACGAAUAUGUCCAACGUCAAAUGGCUCAUAUUUCUCAGCAAGCUCAAUUUCCAUCAAUUGCGCAACAUCAACAGCAGCAGCAGCAAGUGCAACAAUCAAAUAGUCAAUACAAUAUGCCAACUCAGCAUCAACAGCAGCAACAACAGCAAAUGCAGGCGAGUGGCAAUUGGGAACGAUAUCUAAAUAAUAUCCCAAAUGCAUCAAUGUUGGGAAAGGUCAAUAUACCAAAUCAAAACGCUUAUAAGAAGAGUGGCAAGCGCCAUUUGACGGCUACAUGUGCCAACUCAUAUUCGACGAGCCAUUUAGAGGGCGCAUUGCCCAAUGGCAUCGCACGAUGGGAUGAAAAGACUGUAAUGGCCACAAUACCACGUGAUUAUCAAUCAGGUACUGAACAGCAACAACAACAACAGACAUCAACGAUGCCUUCACAACUACAAAUGACUGGAGCAAAGGUAUCAUCAUCAAAUGGUGUUGUCGUUGCCGGUGCAUCAUCAUGCAAUGGUGUUAAUACAAAUAUUAAUAAUAAUAGUAAUAAUAAUAAUACAAAUAAUAUGUAUCGUGGUAUAACAAGUGGUCAACAACAAUCCGUUCUUAUGAGCGGUGCGACAAAACGUGAUCGUGAUCCGAUGCUUUCGGGUGGCUGUAUUUAUAGUAAUAGUAACAAUAGUAAUACAACAGACAUUAAUAACUUAGUAUCGACGGGACUAUGGCCGAUUCAGAAAAGUCCAAUGGCUGCCAUUCCAAACAAUAAUUAUCAUCAAGCCGGUCCUGAUUCAAUUCCAAAUAAUAAUCAUAGUUCUAAUAGUAAUAGUAAUAGUAAAACUACUAGCAAUGGCAUGACGAAUCGUCAGCCAUCAGGAAAUACUGUUAUCCAUCAUUCUCAUUAUGCCCAACAGCAGCAGCAGCAGAAUAUUCAUCAAAGUGAUAAGUUAAGCAACAACAACAAUAAUUCUAAUAAUAACAAUAGUAAUGCGAAUAAUAAUAAUAACAAUAAUACGAGUAACAACAACAACGUUAUAACAGUGAAAUGUCGUCAAUAUCGCAAUACCCAUCGAAUGCAUCCGUACAUGAUGAAUACUAUGACUGCUCCAUCGGUCAACAAUACUUUAUCCGGUGUCUCAUAUUUUCCGCAACUCAAUGGCCCAUUCUCACAAAUUCAGCAAGUCUCAUGCUACAAUGUGUGAUUGAAUUAAUUUGAAAUAUUUUUUUUUGAAAUAAUAUAUGAAAUAUGAUUCGCGGGAUAGCAGAAGAAGAAAGAAAAGAAGAAAAGAAAGAGAGAAAAAAUAUUUUUCCUUAUUGAUUAAUUUUUUUGUUUCUAUGUUUUUAAUUUAAAAGAGUUUUUACUACUAUGUUCUAUAGACCUUGUUCUUCUUACUUAGCUUAUGAGUUUUGAUAUAUAUGUGAAGUUUUGUGAAAGGAAAUGAGAUAUGAUCAGAUUGAGAUAUAAUGAAUUAUUAUGUGAAAUGUGA